CCAUUUCAGUUGAAUGUUCUGAAAUGGAAAUGGCUGCGUUCACCCACCUUCCGGCUUCUUCACACAAGCCGCUAUCCCCUCUUUACUCCUCCCCUUCACGGUUACUCGCUUCCAAAAUCCCUAUCCGUCGCAGAAUUCGCUGCUCCAUCGCGGAGGGGCCAGCCGCCGUUUCCCCCUCUUCAGGAACCAACAACGGAUCACUUCUCGACUGCGUGAUCGUCGGCGGCGGAAUCACCGGCCUCUGCAUCGCGCAGGCCCUCUCCACCAAGCACCGCAGCUCCAAUUUCUUGGUCACUGAAGCCAGAGAGCGCGUCGGAGGGAACAUCACCACCGUCGAGAGGGAUGGCUAUCUCUGGGAGGAAGGCCCCAACAGCUUCCAGCCGUCCGAUCCAAUGCUCACCAUGGCGGUUGACAGUGGUUUGAAGGAUGAACUGGUAUUGGGGGACCCUGAUGCGCCUCGCUUCGUGCUGUGGAAUGGGAAGCUGAGGCCGGUGCCUGCCAAACCCACCGAUUUGCCAUUCUUCGACUUGAUGAGCUUCCCUGGGAAGCUCAGAGCUGGUUUUGGUGCAAUUGGCCUUCGUCCGCCCCCGCCAGGGCAUGAAGAAUCGGUUGAAGAGUUUGUUAGGCGAAACCUUGGUGAUGAAGUCUUUGAGCGCUUAAUAGAGCCUUUUUGCUCCGGUGUUUAUGCUGGGGAUCCUUCAAAGCUAAGUAUGAAAGCUGCAUUUGGGAAAGUCUGGAAAUUGGAGCAAACUGGUGGCAGCAUAAUUGGAGGCACCUUUAAAGCAAUCAAAGAGAAAUCUAGCAGCCCUAAGGCACCUAGAGAUCCACGCUUACCAAAACCAAAAGGCCAAACUGUUGGAUCGUUCAGAAAGGGCCUAGCAACGUUGCCUAACGCAAUUUCAUCGAGCUUAGGAAGCAAGGUCAAGGUGUCAUGGAAACUUACAACCAUCUCUAAGUUGGACAAUGGGUGUUACUUGUUGACAUACGAAACUCCCAGUGGAACAGUGUCUCUGCAGAGCAGAAGUGUUGUAAUGACUAUUCCUUCCUAUGUGGCGAGCACCAUAUUGCGCCCGCUUUCGGCUACUGCAGCUGAUUCAUUAUCAAAAUUUUAUUACCCACCUGUUGCUGCAGUCACCAUUUCGUAUCCAGAAGGAGUAAUUCGUGAUGAAUGUCUAAUUGAUGGUAAACUAAAGGGGUUUGGGCAGUUGCAUCCACGUUCCCAAGGGGUUGAAACAUUAGGAACUUUAUACAGCUCAUCACUGUUUCCUAAUCGUGCCCCACCUGGCAGAAUUCUUCUUUUGAAUUACAUCGGAGGAGCUCUAAAUCCUGGAAUUACAUCGAAGAGUGAAAGCGAAAUUGUGGAAUCGGUGGAUCGUGACCUGAGAAAGAUGCUUAUAAAGAAGAAUGCAGCAGAUCCACUAGUCCUGGGGGUACGUGUGUGGCCACAAGCCAUCCCACAAUUUCUUGUAGGUCAUUUAGAUCUGUUGGAUAGUGCCCGAACAGCACUGAGCAAUGGAGGAUUUGAAGGCCUUUUUCUGGGGGGGAACUUUGUGUCCGGUGUUGCGUUGGGCAGAUGCGUGGAGGGUGCUUAUGAAGUUGCAGCAGAUGUGUCAAAAUUUUUGUCUGAAAAUGUGUAUAGGUGAAGUAGUAGAAAUGGUUCCUAGUCCAAGGCUGUAGUGGAAAGUGGAAAGUUUUCUUUUUCCAUUUUUGAAGAGGAAACCAUUUGAAUUGAACUAGUUGUUUCUGUAAAAGUAGAUUGCAUAAAUUGGCUGAGAACAUUUAAAGUUGAAUAAUAUCUCCAGAAAGUAAAAUAAUA